AAAUUAUGGUCAUUUCGGCCAAAAACUCGGUAUUUCCUCCCAUUCCUGACGGUGAACCGUGAAAUCCCCCGAGCAGGUUCCUCUCUCUCUCCCUAGUGAUACGUAACUUGUUUGCAAGCUCAAGCUAAAAGAGGUAGUUGUGGGUAUAGUCCUUGAGAGAGACAGAGCAGAGGUUGAAAGAACAAAAACUAGGGUUUCAUCCAAAUCAGGUUUCACACUUCCCACUGCUCUUCUAUUUCACUGGAGACGAUUCAAGUUCUUAAAUUUGCUGGAGAACAAGUGUUGCAAUUAGAUUUUCUCUCUGUGGAAGUUGUUGCUCUGUAAGCUGAAACCAUGGAUAGCGAACCUGCUAAGAAAAAAGAGCAACGACUCAGAAGUCACUUUUGGACGAAGAUUUUGUUCGUCCAGGGCAAGUUCAGAAAACUCUAGGCAGCAACAGCAACAGGAAGGCAAAGAAGGAAGAAUGUUCAACUGAAACCACCACCCCAAGUUUAGGUGCUGACCCCACGGUUGCACUACUGGAGAUGGUGGCGAGUGUCUCUCAAUCACCGGUCAAAGCGCGUGAAGGGGAUGAUACCGUAUGUGAAGCCCACACACCGGUUUCGAUGGACAUCCAGCCGUGUGGGGUGGGAGACGGCCAGGUUAUAUAUGUAGUAUAAUAUAAUUAUUAGUUUUAUAUACGCACAUAUAAAAUCACAAAACCAGAUUCGAGAAGGCCUGACUGAGAAGUGAGAAACAAGCACAGAUCCGAGCAGACCUGACGGCAAACAACAGCCGGGUCGGACGGCGGCCAGAUCGGGGAGAGAGAGAGGGGGCAAACUUUCUCCGGCGACGACGCCAGAUCCGAGCAGUUCUCUGGCGAUCAGCACAGAUAUGCCUUGGCUGUAGGCUGUAGCAGAGAGAGAGAGAGAGGCGCCACAAGCUAGGCUACCUACCUCGCCAGGGCUGGCGAGGUCUGUAGCCGGGGGAGGAGAACUGGCGAGGAGGAUGCCGUGGCUGCUGGGAGUGGAUUUGAACGGUUUUCCUCGCCACUUUUCUGGAAAUUACCUUUUGCGGAGGCUGCUGGGGACGCUCUUAUUCUGUUUCCUAGUUUUUGCCUUUUGGGUAGUUGUAAUAUAUGAUUCAGAACCAAAGCCAAAAAUCGGGAUCUAUGAGCUGAAGACGGGAGAUUUCUCUGUCAAGUUCACCACCUGGGGUGCCCGCAUUGUCUCUCUUGUUGUCCCCAACAAAAACGGGAAGUUGGAGGAUAUUGUUCUGGGCUAUGACUCUGCCAUGGACUACCUGAAUGAUACAACGUAUUUUGGUGCCACUGUCGGACGUGUUGCUAACAGAAUUGGGGGUGCUCAAUUUACUUUAAAUGGAACCCAUUACAAGCUGGAUGCUAAUGACGGGAAAAAUACGCUUCAUGGUGGGUCCAAAGGCUACAGCUGUGUUGUUUGGAAGGUGAGAAAGUACCAUAAUGAAGGUCCUUCACCUUACAUAACCUUUGGCUAUAACAGCUAUGAUGGUGAAGAAGGAUUUCCAGGUGAUCUGCACACAUCAGUGACCUAUACUCUUUCCGGACUUAACCUGGCUGUGGAAAUGAAAGCCAAUGAUAUAGACAAGGUCACUCCAGUAAACCUAGCACACCACUCCUAUUGGAACCUCGGUGGCCACAACAGUGGUGAUAUUUUGUUGAACGAGAUCCAGAUAUUCGGAUCCCACAUAACACCUGUUGACGAAAACCUCAUCCCCACUGGCAAACUAACGUCCGUAGAAGGCACAGCCUAUGAUUUCCUCCAACCUGCAUCCAUUGCAAGCAAGAUCAAGAAUCUUCCGAAAGGUUACGACAUCAACUAUGCUCUUGAUGGAGGUUCCAGUGAAAAAUUGAAGACGGCGGCUAUAGUGUAUGAUAAGAAAUCGGGAAGAGUAAUGGAGGUGUUAACGAAUCAACCAGGGUUGCAGUUUUACACGGGGAACUAUUUGGACAACGUGAAGGGGAAAGGUGGGUUUCUUUAUCAACCUCAUGCCGGUUUGUGCUUGGAGACACAAGGCUUUCCUGAUGCGGUUAACCACCCCAAUUACCCUUCCCAGAUUGUUACUCCUGGGAACACAUACGUGCAUGGGAUGUUGUUCAAGUUUUCUACCAAUGGCUGAAUAGAAAGUAGAGAGAUUUUCUAAUCUCAGAAAAGAUGAUGUAUUUUUACCACUUCUCUUUUUCCGUCCCCUUCGUAGGAUUUGGAUGAAAGAGAUGAACGAUCUGAUUGUGACAUCGCGGACACCAGUUUAACUUUGCAUUGGUGUGUUUGAGUUUUGUCAGCUGCAAUGCAAUCUUUUGCCUUGCACUCUCUAAUGUGUCUUUGAUUUUUUAGUGAAGAUCUUUUGCGUUUGUUGAACUGAAAGUUUGAAAUUUUUAAUUCACUUUUAUCUGCAUUUAUUAACCCAGCACUUUAUUGUUU